ACUCCCCCGUGGCAGACGUGAGCACUUGCGAGUGCGACUGAUCUCCCCCGCGCCCCGGACGGUUUAGUUUUGUUUACACGCACCUAACCUCGGUGUUUGUGUACCUCUUUAUUUAGAGGAAGAACCUGAUAUAUAUUUGGUGAUACUGUACUCUUUGAAGAAUUAUAGGGUUUGGUCAUGGCUGGAUACCCAUGGCACCCCAACCCUGGCUUAUCGCCCAACAUGGCUGCCUUAUUAAGUCAAGCCUUGCAUACAGCAGGGAAUCACCGUCCCCCAUUCAACUCCCAUUUACUUAAUGCACCGCUGUCCAACUCAAAUACAGCAGUGCCACUCAUGUCGACCUCUAUACCUCCACCUUCUGGCCCUUUCAUGUCAAAUGUACCACAAAACGUUACAAGAACAUCAAGUACGAUCACGUUACCACCAAUGUUGGCUGAAAGAAGAGAAAGGAUGGCAGCCGAAAGGAACAGAAUGCCACAAUUAGAAAGUUCCAGUGCCAACGCUAAUGGUACUUCUCAUAUUUCCUUAGAAAAUAGUGUUCAGAGUACAAGUAAUUCAACACCUCCGACAAAUAGGUAUUCUGAAGAAGGGGGAAUGGCUGAGAGAAGUGGAGGUUUAGUGCGGUCAAAUGCGGCGGGACAACUUCCAACAUUUGACUUGCUAGCCAAAAGGUCUGCUCAGAAAGACCCUCCCGAAGAAGCUCCCACACCUGUGUUUAGUACUGAAAUGGGCAUGGGAAAGGAAUGUCCUAAGCCCCCAGAGCAACAAGUCAAAAGUGUUAUUGUACUUGACACUUUGAACACUCACAACAAACUAUUGCCUCAUGGAUCACACCGCAUUUUACAUGAUAAUGACUACUGGCAUAAAUUUAUUAUUACAGGACCAGUGGCAGGAAACAGAAUUAAAAUAUUGAAAAGAAUUUUGGAGUCAAGUGAACCCACUCUUCUUUUACCUAUCAUGUACCAAGAAGAAGGUGACACAGCUGUAUUCUAUGCUAGAAAUUGUGGAUCUGCAAUUGAGAGACUGUGUCGUAAUAAUAAAUUGAUUUUUGAAGUUGACAAGCAAAAGUUUAUCCUGCGAAUAAUGCUUCAGUGUGCCCCAGUAAAUAAAUUAAAGCUAAACGCUUUAAGUAUACUCAAAAAUAUUUUGGAAAAAAGAUACAACUCAUCUGAGCGUUGCUUAGACUUGUCAAGUUUUGAGCAUGAUUCAGAUUUGUCCUCUUCAAUGUAUUGUUCUUUGAGUCAACCAAGUGCCUUGCAUUAUGUUCUCAUAACUGCAAUCAACAUGCCCAUAAACUUUUCAAUAUUAAGACUUUGUCAUAAUGGUAUUCGUCAAUUGAAAAUUGAAGUUCUUAUGAAAGCAUCAUACCUCCGUACACUUGAUUUGUCUCACAAUGAGCUACUGUAUCAAAAUGAUUUGGUUGGACUGAGAGAUUUGACUCAAGUCACCAAGGUUGUUUUGGAUGGCAAUCCUCUUUGUGCUGAGUUUAGGAGCCCGGAUGAAUACAUAAGUCAAUUAAAAACUUUAAUGCCCCAACUUAGAAGUCUGGAUUCUGUAGCCCUCUUUCCAGGAUCAAUAUGGGUCCCAAAGGAGAGAAAUUUCUUAUGCUCUAAAGAUGGACAUCAGAUGGUGGAUCAAUUUCUCAAGCACUUUUUUGACCGGUAUGAUUGGAAAGAUCGCCGCUGUCUUGAUGGCCUGUACCAUAAUGAUGCACUAUUUACUCUCACAUGUGUUCAUAUAUCAGGGCAGAGCACAUCAGAAAGUAGCUCAUUAACAUGGUAUAAUACAUACAACCAUAACAUAGCAAAACUGUCUGAUAUUUCAAAAGCUGAAAAAAAUGUGUACCAUGGCCCAGAUGAAAUUUUAGAACUUUUUAGCUCGCUACCAGCAACUGAGCAUGAUGCCUACUCAUUUUGUGUUGACCUCAUGCAUUACAAUGAUAAAGCUGCAGUUUUAACUGUUUCGGGUAUUUUCCGAGAACAUCCAACUCAAGCGCCAGAUCCUAACUACAUGCGCAGUUUUAGGAGGGUAUUUGCCUUGUGUUGUAUAGCUCCCAAUGAAUGGCAGAUUAUUAACGAGCAGCUUCAUCUAACAAAUCUCACAACAGAGCAAGUGGAGUCUGCUUUCAGAAUCAGGCGACCACCAGUCACAGCUCCAGUUGCUGCUUGGUUGGUGCAGGAUGCUCAGUUGUUGAGUGAUGCAGAGAAAGAUCAAAUGGCUACAAUUAUGAUGCAACUAACAACUCUUACAAAGGAAUGGGCAACAAGAUUUCUACAAGAAAGUCAUUGGUAUGUAAGGGAGGCACUGAUUGCAUUUGUGAACAAGUUUGAAGCUAAUGAAUUACCUAAAGAUGCAUUUCUCAAUGACAAAUAAAAGGAAAAAUUAUUCAGUGUAAUA